UAAGGAGCAAACCAGUUGUGAGGAGCUGUGGUCCCUGUAAUUCCACCACCACCACCCCAUCUCUGUGCGGAAUGAGUUUUGUUCUGGGCGGCUGUAUCAAGGUAUAUGUUGUGUGCUUAGGCAAGGUGAUGGAUGGUCGAGCAGAGAUGGAGGUGAUAAGAAGCACAAAAGGGAACACGACAGGGGAGGUUAGUGUCCACUUGGUUGCCAAUGAGAAUACUGUGCAAAAUGCCCACCUACCAGCAACCGCCUUCAUCAUACCAGCAAAUGCUACCACUGUAAACCUUCCUACAAGCACCUUGGAAAUCCAGCGGUUCUCUCGGGAACCCCAGAAAAAUAUUGGGGCAGAGAGACAAAGAGAAGGCAUGGGAAGUGAACCCAUCACUGCGACCGUCAUCCCUCAGAUCAGUGGAGUCCAAACCUGCAACACCAUUCGCGUUCUGGAGUGGAAAGAUGGAAUGGCCACUCUCCCUGGAAGUAACCUAAGGUUUCGGAUAAAUGAAUAUGGAACACUGAAAGUGGUCAGUGCGGACAAGCUUUCGCCUGCAGAGCCCCUAAAGGAGUGCCACUCAGACAGAGAUGGGGAUGCAGAGGUGGUACCUACCAGCAAGGACAAUCCCACCAUGGCUCAAGACUCGGAUGUUCGAGAGCCACCCAAGCUUCCAGCUGUGGACAGCCUGUGCCACUGCAGUACCUGCGGCCGGAGAAAUGUUUCAGGGUCAGCCCAAGAAGGCAGGGGGUUUUGCAGUGAAAACUGCCACCGGCAAUUCAAAGAAAGGUCUGUUAUUGUAGAGAACUCUGCUGGAAGCACCAACUCCACUGAAAUGCUCAAACCAGUGAAGAAGCGGAAAAGAAAAGAUUAUCAGAGCCCCUCGGAGGAGGAAGAGGAGGAGUCUGAACAAACGGAAGUGAAACAGGAGGAGACAAAUGGCUCUGGAGCAGAACCCCCUGCAAGUAACAUUGGGAAUGAAGAAUGGCAUGCAAGCCAGCUUGUUUCCACUGAGGAGAAAACAGAAGGAUGGUCCUGGGCAUCUUACCUAGAAGAACACAAAGCCACUGCUGCCCCUUUAAACCUGUUUCAGGAACACCAGUCAGUCACCCAGCACAAGAAUGGUUUCAAGGUGGGCAUGAAGUUAGAGGGGAUCGAUCCUCAGCACCCUUCUAUGUACUUCAUUCUCACAGUGGCUGAGGUAUGUGGUUACAGGAUGCGCCUUCAUUUUGAUGGCUACUCUGAAUGUCAUGAUUUCUGGCUGAAUGCUAAUUCCCCCAACAUUCAUCCUGCUGGCUGGUUUGAGAAAACAGGACACAAACUCCAGCCCCCCAAAGGGUGUUUAGGUUACAAGGAAGAAGAAUUCAACUGGGCCAACUAUCUGAGGAUAACCAAAGCUCAAGCAGCUCCUAAGCACCUCUUUGUGACCCCAGACAGUAAUGCCUCUCCGACAGGAUUCCAAGUAGGCAUGAAACUUGAAGCAGUGGACCGCAUGAAUCCUUCUUUGAUAUGCGUUGCCACAGUGACAGAUGUGGUGGACAAUCGCUUUUUGGUGCACUUUGAUAACUGGGAUGACACCUAUGACUACUGGUGUGACCCCAGUAGUCCCUAUAUCCACUCAGUUGGUUGGUGUCAGGAGCAUGGGAAACCCCUCACACCACCUCAAGACUACCCUGAUCCUGAGAACUUCAGCUGGGAAAAAUACUUAAUGGAAACAGGUGCUUCUGCAGUGCCAGCUUGGGCCUUUAAGGUGAGGGAACCCCAUAGCUUUCUCAUCAACAUGAAGCUGGAGGCAGUAGAUCGAAAGACUCCCUCCCUGAUUCGAGCAGCCAGUGUUGAGGAUGUGGAAGACUACAGGAUAAAGAUCCAUUUUGAUGGCUGGAGCCAUAUUUAUGAUUUCUGGAUUGACUCAGAUCACCCAGACAUCCACCCUGUGGGAUGGUGCUCAAAAACUGGACAUCCAUUGCAGCCUCCGCUCAGGCCAAAGGAAACUGUCUCUUCUGCCAAUGGGAGCUGUCCAACCUUGGCCUGUAAGACCCUCCCUACCACCAAGAGUUCUAAAUACAGCUUUCACAGAAAGUGCCCAACACCUGGGUGUGAUGGCUCAGGUCACGUGACAGGGAGAUUUACAGCUCACUACUGCAUCUCAGGGUGCCCCCUGGCAGAGAAAAACCAGGGAAGAAUGAAGGCUGAUCUCUCAGACACUGAGAACUCUGUCCGGAAAAGGAACUUGAUUGGCUUCUCUCAGCGGAAGAAAUCACGACAACAUGGAAGAGGGCGACCUCCAAAGUACCGGAAAAUCCAGCAGGACGACUUCCAAACCAUUUCUUCAGACAAUAUACACCAGUCUCUCUUUAUGUCGGCCUUGUCAGCGCACCCAGACCGUUCCCUGUCUCUCUGCUGGGAACAGCACUGUAAACUCCUGCCAGGAGUGGCUGGGAUCACAGCAUCCACUGUGGCCAAGUGGACCAUUGAUGAGGUCUUUAGCUUUGUCCAGACGUUGACGGGUUGUGAGGACCAAGCAAAACUCUUCAAGGAUGAGAUGAUUGAUGGUGAAGCGUUCCUUCUGCUGACUCAGGCCGAUAUUGUGAAGAUCAUGAGCGUCAAGCUUGGUCCAGCACUUAAAAUCUACAAUGCCAUCCUCAUGUUCAAAAAUGCUGAUGACACCUUAAAGUGAUCCACCCUGAGCAGCCUUUGACUUCCGUCCAUACACAGGAGCUGCCAAACUCUCUUGUCCGUCUGUGUCAGCAGAGUGGAGACCUUCCUGACUGCUGCAAAUCCUGCCAACUUGCUCUCUUUUUGAGUCUUCGUCUUUGUUUACAUGCCAAAUUCAUCCCCUGUCUGUCUUCCUCUUUCUCCUCCCUGCCUUUCUGAAUACUGCCCUCCCUGUGUCUAGCAGUGGAGCUCCAGCACUGCCCUGCUCGAUCCCACAGACCUGCCAAGUUUUCCUGAUGGUUUCAGAGGCACACAACAUGGGUUUGAGAUUGAGUUUACGAUUGGAUUUAACCUGCUUUGGAUUUGAACCUUGACUGCCCAGGUUCUUGCAUUGUGAACUGUACCUGGGUUUACAUAAUGCAGAAAAUAUCUUUAUAUUGAUCACCAGUAUAUCUAGCUACCCAAAUUGAAAUGGCAUCAGAUGUUUGAAAACAAUCAGAAUGUUUCAGGGCAAAAAUCAGUCUCUAAUUAUCAGGGAUCAGACCAUGGACUUCAGAGUGUAGAUUAUCUGUAUCCAGGGACUUGUACCUUCUGCUUGAGCACUGAGUGCUGCAAGACAGGCUAUUGGACUAAGUAUGUUGUAUACAUAGCUCACCUUAACAAUUCUGAAUUCAUUGCUGCUGCAACAAAACAAAAAAUUAGUACUUGCAAUUUAUAGAUCUCUAAUAUUGCCAAAUUAGCCAUGGAGAAUUAGAGGAACAAAGUAGUUGAUGUAGUUGAACUGUCCCACUCCCUGUCAGUUCAAUCCUAUAGGUUUGCAUGGAACACUUAUUCAAGCAAAUUUUUUUUUAAAAAGGGAUCUGAACUUAACACACACACAAAAUUAGUGAAACCAACAACCUUUUACUAAGUAAAAGCAUUCCGUCCAACCCACGAGAGGAAUGACUAAAGUUAGAAAUAGCCAACUAAUUUGAGCUCCCUCUGCUAGCGAUAAAGGGGGGGGGUCCCAGGGGACGGGACAAACUUGCAUUUGACAUGCAAAUGACGUCUUUAUAAUCCUUUGUCCUGAUUUCAUAAGCUGUUCUGCACCCAACUGUAUUAGAUACAGGGUGUGCCAAAUGUUUACCUUCAGCUACUUGACAAUGCCUCUUUGCAAUGUAAUUUAAAACUUGUCUUUUUGAAAAGACAGAGGUGUUUUUAUUCAUAUGGUAAAAUAAGCACUCAAUGCAUCGGAAGUUAUGUUGACUACAUCCAGUUUUUCCUACACUCCCUUGGCAUUGGCUAAUGAAGGGCCAGGGCAGGACAUUCUGCUGAGCCACUUUAGCUGUAACCAUGUGGACUUGUUAGAAGAGGCUUGAGUUGCGAAGAUGGCCCUGCCAUUUGGGAGAGUGAGGAGAUGGCAUCAGGGAGAUUUCUGAGUACCACUAAAGAGCAUCACAUUUCUGGCUAAUGAUUAUAUCUUUAUUGUGGGGACAGAGGGGAGCUAUAUGGAUUUUCCACCUUAGGGACCAGAAUUACUGCUGAAUCCCUUUUUAAUUUCAGUCAUUCUUUGUUUUGUUUUUUUAAAUUUAAAUCUGGAUCUUUCUCAUGAUAGCCUCAAAGUUCAGUCCUCAUUUUACAAUGGCCAUGUGACAGUGACUGGAGGAAUGCCUCUGUGGACAAGCAGGGAUUUAGAAUUGGGUUUCUCAGAACUGUAUCCACCCUGCUAGCUGCUGCACUGUAUGGUGUUUCCAGUGUAUGGAGCUCCUUAAGACCACUAAGACUUUUCUUUGUUUCUCCUCACUCUGUGAAAGCAGAGGUAAACUUUCUUAACCAUACAUAUACCAGCAACAUGUCUCAUAGUAAUGUGGUCUGUGAGGUCCACUUCUCAUGUUUGGGUCAAAUUCAUGCAAGGCUUCCCAUGGAAAUAAGCAUUUUGACUCUAAUAUUUUUAAAACACUUGGUCAUAUUUGGCCUCCCCUUUUAACUGUUGGCUGCUUGCUGUUUAAGAGAAAUGUAGGUCUCUGUUUCUCUAUUUCUUUGUCUCAUGGUAAGCAUUUGCAUCUAGUGAGUUUUCUUCUGCUUUCAAAAUUGGCUCUAUCUUUUGAACAUCACCAUAUGUUUAUUUGCUGGGAGGAACAGUGCUGGGAAGAGGAAAGUUUUGGACUUCUGGAUGAAAACCUUCCAAAAGAUGCCGCUGGUGAAUGGUGCCAAAAUAUCCCCCUUAUCCAAAGAGGUGAUGUUCUUUUUAGCCAAUUAGGAAAAAGAAGAAGCAAGCCACUUGAGAUACAUUCUUGGCAAUGGGUGUGGACUUGAAGAAGAAAACGUCCCUAUUUCCAGACACAGACCUGACAAGACUCCAGUUUCCUGCAUAAAUUGCUAAUUAAGGAUCAGCCAGCAUAUCUGUAGGAAACAAAUCCAGCAAAGAAGGAAAGAAAAUAUCCUUCUGUUCUCAUUAGCAUCCAUCUAAACCCUCCAAGUACACACACAUUCCUACUGUGUUUGAAGAGUAGCUAGGAUUUCACCAACUCCAUGGAUGGACAGCUGGAAUUAUUAUAUAUUUGGCUCUGACUUUGAAAACUGGAUGGGGAAGAGGACCUGGUUCAGAACAUGCUCCAGUAAGCAGAGAUAAUUAGCUGCUGAGAACCCUUGGGCUGAAAUAAACAGGAAACAUGCAAUGGAGUUAAGGCCAUCUCUGUUAUUGUCCUACUGGAACUGCUGUCAUUGAGACAAUGGCUUUUCUUGUGCCAUUUUUGCAACACAGAUAGAGCCAGAUCUGCAUCUCUCUCUUCACCAGUUUUGGACUCUCUUGUUUUGAUUUGGGUGAAAUUCACUUGCUGGUGGGUCUUGUAAACUUAACUGCAGCAGGUGGCCACUUGAGGUCCUCAGUGUCAAAUGUUCCUCAUGUAAACUUCAGGUCUAGAUUCCACACACACACCCCCUUCCCACCCUGUUAUGCUGACUGUUGUGCAAGCUAAACUGGAUUUGCAUCAGGAAUGGAGUCUACGUAGUGCAUUGCUCCCAUCGGCCCUGAGUUCUUCCAAAAAUAUACAGUUCUUACUGGGAGUGUAAAAUGUAAAAUCUAAUAUCAUGUGCUUGUGUAUUUGUGUGUGUAUGUAAGGAAGAGGGAAACAGAAAUAGCAUUAGUUGAUGGGAAUAUGCACGCUUUCAAGUAAUGUGGAACUUCAGCACUCCUGGUUCUCUCCUGUUUAUCGACUGUCAUCAGUAUCUAGCUCAUUCCUCUUGUCCUUUGAGGCAUGAAGCUUCUGAAUGACUCCAGACUGAGGGAAUUGCAGUAUAAUUCAAGGUGGUAAAGGGCUAUUUAUUGCUAAAAGUUGGUUGGAACCUUCUAUUUUGUGCAAUGAAACCAAAUCAAACCCAAAAUAUUUGUGUAUGUGUAUGGGAGAGAAUGAGUUGGAGCAGAGUUAAUUUGUCCGUGUUUGCUCAGUGCUGUUUCUAAUAGAUGUUGCUUCAGAUACAUUAGCUCCGAAAGGUAGCUGAUGUUGGAGAAAGGGAAGGAAGGCAGACUUAGCCUGACUGGAUGUUAUCUUGGAGUCUGUGGCAACUCCAGCAGGUGGCAGAGCUAAUGAUAAUGGAACGCUUCUGCUGAUCAAAAUGGUUGAUCCAGGCCUAGAUGGAUCAUUGGUCUGACUUGGUGUAUCUAAGGCAGCGCCUUCUAUACUCUCUCCUUGUUUGGAUGAGAUGCCUACUGGCCCAUGUAAUAAGUACAGGGUCGUGCUGAGAGUGUACCUGCUGUGAUGUCCUGUACAAGUAGGAAUAUGUGUAGAAGGGCACCUCAGAUUAACAGCCCUGUCACAUUAUAAAGGGACACACGAAGAGUGCAUCUAGACAUCAACUGACUUCAUGGCUGUCGUGCCCUCGGGAUGACUUGUCCUUCUCAAAGGUGCCAAUGCAAUUUCAUCCCUCGGGAUGAUCUGUCGUUUUCAAAGGUGCCAAUGCAAUUUUGUCCAAUCACCCCUUUGUCUAACAGUGCCUAACCUUGCCUUUCCACUAUGUAGGUCUUCAAGGUGGCUCACAAAUACUUGAGUAAUGUUUUUUUGUUUCAGAAUGGUCCAGCUUUACAUGUGAAAGCCUGCCCCUUCCACCCUAGAACAAUCAACAGACUCCCUGCCUUCACUUGAUAUCUAGUCUGGAAGAUCAUGCUGCUUUGAUCGCAGUUAGAAUCCUCCAAGGAUAUGGCUUGGUGAAGUUGUCCUCCUCUUACCAAUGUCCAUCCAUGGUGGUUCUGACCUCGGUAAUAAGGCAAAUAGUAAGCCCUCCCUGAAAACCCCCUCCCUAGAUCAAAUCCAGAAGUGGAGCAGAAAUGUCUGGGUCAUGCUCCUGCUACACAGUUCUCGCAGACAACAGGCAGGUGCAGCUUCUUUCACCAUUAUGGUGCUUAGGCUUGAGGAGAAUAUCGGAAAGCCUAGAGAACUAACAAAGUGCCAGGCUGAUUCUCAGAACCUCAUCCUGCCCCCGCCCCUCCCCCGGUGCCAGGCCAUUCCAAACACCAAUAGCAUUGGUAGAAUUUAGAAUUGAAUGAGGCACUUAGGUUUUUUUUUGCCUCAAGUGUAUUAAUAAUAGCUCCUUUUUGGGAGCAAAUGGCAGCUAAAAUAUCUCCUAAGCAAAAUCCUGAUGGGGGUUGAGAUUUGUAUUAGUUCCUCGUUGAUUCCUGCUUGGUAGUAGGCUUGAGAUCAUUUUUGGCACCUAGCACUCGAGGUCCCACCAAUCUCUUCUAAGUCCAAGCACAACAAUCAGCAAGACACCCAUCUCAAGAGUUUGGGAACCUUUCCUGCAUUUGCUGAUGGUAAAAUUCUGAGAGAAAGGCUUGAUAGGGUCCUCUUCUAGCUCUUCUUUGCAUUGCUGUUGCUGAACUAUUUAUCCCAGCAAAUACAGUCAGGUUUAGCUUCUUUGUUCUUGGCUUUACAAAUGCGAACAGUGUCAUUCUGACUUCUGUUCAGAAUGAGAGUCAUUUUAAGACAUGGCUGGUCGGAUUGCACAAAAACCCAAGCCAGAAAGCUCAGGGAAAGAACUCUGGGGUAAAUGGAUUGCAGAGAGGUGCUUGUACUGAGGGUGCUGGCUGCUGAUCAGGGAAUUAUUUAGUAGAAUACAACCUGAUGGGAUUCAGCCUGGGAGUUGUUUCUGUGCUUUCUAAUUUUGAACUUUGAAGAAAAUCUCGACAUAGGAACAACAUAGGAAGCUGCCAUAUACUGAAUCAGACCAUUGGUCUGUCUAGCUCAGCAGUGUCUUCACAGACUGGCAGUGGCUUCUCCAAGGUUGCAGGCAGGAAUCUCAGCCCUAUCUUGGAGAUGCCAGGGAGGGAACUUGGAACCUUCUACUCUUCUCAGAUUGGCUCCAUCUCCUGAGGGGAAUAUCUUACAGUGCUCACCCUUCUAGUCUCCCCUGCUUAGCUAAGGGGAUAAGUCAUGCUUGCUACCACAAGACCAGCUCUCCUCCCCUAAGGAGAUUCGUUUUGGAAUAUGAAUCAAUCAAUGGGUGCUAUAACAAGCCAUUACAGAAUCCUAGUUUUAGCAUUAGAAACUAUUUAGUGGAUCACACAGGGUAAUCUCUUGUCCUAUGAAAAUAUAUCCUUUGCCUGCAUCCCCAGUAUAUUCUUGUCCAACUACUUCUUCAAAACCUCAAAGGAGGAGGAUAUCACAAACUCCCUGAGCAGUUUGUUCAGUUGCUAAAUUGACUUAUUUUAUUGGCCUUUAGCUAAUCCAUCCCAUGAGCUUGGCAGGGAGAAAUAUGCCAAUUCUUUCCUAUCCUUUCCUGUUAUUGGCCAUCCAAAGUCAGACUGAGUAAAAUUAGAACAUCUUGCAUCUCUUUUGGAAGACAGAGCAGGUUUGAGCUUUGGCAACACUGUAGGGGAAGAGAAUUUCAAAAACUAAACUAAACUUACUGGCUGACACAUUGUUCCAUCUGCCUUGUGCGGGAACAUGCAUGCAGUUGUGCAAAAGUGCUCUUGCACAAAAGCAGUUGUGCUGUGGGUGGCCAGUGGAAAUCAUGGCAGUCCAUUGUGCAACUGCACUUGUGCAAUUCUUGGAUUUUGUGCAAAAGCACUCUUGCACAACUGCAUGCAUAUUCCAUUACAGGGCAGACACAACAUUGUGCAGUAUGUUAGGUGCUACUCUUUCACAUAGGAAGUUAUUCCAAACAAACUCAAGUGUUCAACAAGUUUACUUAGCCAACUAGUUAUUUUUCAGUUACAAUACUGCAAUAGCCUCCUCAAUAGAUAGGGUGGGAGGCAGCCUUGCUGUUUAUUGUGUGGAGGGCCACAAUCCAGCAUAGUUUGGGUUUAAAUGCAUCUAUACCUGAGUUGGAUUGUGGCUGAAUUGCAGAGGAGGGGAGAGGAAUUUAGGAAUAAUAGAGCACUGUGAUACACAAACUCCAAAGAAUCUGUUUUUUUGUUUUUUGUUUUAAACAAGCUAAAGUUAAAAUACAACAUGGUGAAGGUUUGUGUAUAUGGGAAGUCGGGGUGAUUAGAGAUAAUACUAUGAGAUAAUCUCAGAAUUGCAGAUGAGAUGGAAACUUUCUGUAGUAGGCACCCUGAGACUCAUGUAAUUAUGUUCCACACAUUUGCCCUCAUCUAGCCACACACACACACACACACACACACCAAUCAAUUAGCUGUUCAGAGGAAGAAAGGAAUAGAUGAGCAACUCAGUCCAGUCUUUUUCUUCCUCCCCCAAACAGCUGCUGAUGCUAUUGCCAAAUUUCUGAUUGUGUAUUGCUAACUUUCUGGUGCGUAGCCCCAGGUGAUGGGUUGGGCUACGCAACCUUGCACAGAGCACUUGUUUACAUGCACAGUUCCUUGUCCAGCUAGAGCUGAAGCAGUCUGCUUCUGCACAUUGUUAAGACCUCUAGUUGGAUCAGAGUAUCUUGCAAUAAGUGCGUUAAUCAAGGGGAAAAUGUGUUUUCUUGGUCACAGAAUAUUGCACUUGCAAGUGCUCAGAAAAUGGACUGCUGGAUUACCCUAAGUGUGACGGAAGGGGAAAAGUCCAGUAUGUGAUUGUCCAACUGUGACAAAUUUUGCCAAAAUGCCCUUCAUUUUAGGGAGCAGCUUUUUCAGAAGGCAAAGAUGGUGUUUUCAGAAGAUGCAUUUUCAUGAAACUGAAGCUUUUUUGCACUUUCAUUCGUUUGCAUUUGUUUAAUUUGUCUUUUGAUAUUUGCACCUUUGUGUUUUCAUGAUGGAAAUACUAAAAUUGUAUCCAGUGCAGCUAUUCUGGAACUUUGUGUCCUGAGUAUACAGAAGGUUAAUAUAAAACAAAAGCAAGAUGUGAUAUGUUUUGUCAAGUGUUUUACAAUAACAAUAAAUGUGAAUUAUGGAAUUAUACAAAUAA